GAUUCGUAAGAAUUAAGAAAUUGUGAGGAUCGUCGAUUUGAUUUGUUUUGCUUGAAUUUAGAAAUAGGAAUUUGUAUUUUAUAAAUAUUAAUAAUGGAUUCCCAAAGAGAAAAGGCGUUUCAGGAUUAUAGAAAAAAACUCAUGGAACACAAAGAAGUAGAAUCUAGGCUUAAAGACAUGCGUGAACAAUUGAAGGAUCUCACAAAGCAGUACGAUAAAAGCGAGAAUGAUUUGAAAGCACUGCAAAGUGUUGGACAGAUUGUGGGUGAAGUACUCAAGCAGCUUACAGAGGAGAAAUUUAUUGUAAAAGCAACCAAUGGACCCCGAUAUGUUGUUGGUUGUCGUCGACAGUUGGACAAGUUGAAGCUAAAAGGAGGCACUAGGGUUGCUUUGGACAUGACCACUUUGACCAUAAUGAGGCACUUGCCCCGUGAGGUGGAUCCUCUAGUAUACAACAUGAGCCAUGAGGACCCUGGAGACGUCACAUACUCGGCUAUUGGUGGUCUGCAAGAGCAGAUUCGGCAGUUGAGAGAGGUUAUAGAACUGCCACUCAUGAACCCAGAGUUGUUUGUUCGUGUCGGUAUAACCCCACCUAAGGGCUGUCUCCUCUACGGCCCACCCGGUACAGGCAAGACAUUGCUAGCCAGGGCUGUUGCUUCACAACUUGAUGCUAACUUCUUAAAGGUGGUAUCUUCAGCCAUAGUGGACAAGUACAUUGGAGAGUCAGCCAGACUCAUUAGGGAGAUGUUCAACUACGCUCGGGAUCAUCAACCCUGCAUUAUCUUCAUGGACGAGAUUGAUGCUAUUGGUGGUCGUCGUUUCUCCGAGGGCACAAGCGCCGACCGAGAGAUCCAGCGCACAUUGAUGGAGCUUCUGAACCAGAUGGAUGGAUUCGACUCUCUGGGACAGGUGAAGAUCAUCAUGGCCACCAACCGACCUGACACCCUCGACCCUGCACUGCUGCGGCCCGGAAGACUGGACAGAAAGAUUGAGAUACCGCUGCCCAAUGAACAGGCUAGGCUAGAGAUCCUGAAGAUCCACGCGCAGCCCAUCGCGAAGCACGGUGAGAUGGACUACGAGGCUGUCGUGAAGCUGUCGGACACCUUCAACGGAGCUGAUCUUCGGAACGUUUGCACAGAGGCUGGCCUGUUCGCCAUCCGAGCGGAAAGAGAGUAUAUCAUACAGGAGGAUCUAAUGAAGGCAGUCCGUAAAGUUGCCGAUAAUAAGAAAUUGGAGAGCAAGUUAGACUACAAGCCCGUUUAAUUUUAAAUAAUAAUAAAAUAGCUUCUUGUAUUA